CUGGCGUGUUCUAUGACGUCAUCACGCAUCUCCACGGGCUCCUGGAUUUAAAAUUGAAAAGCGACGGUUUUUUAUCAACUCCAACAUGAACUGGGAUCGCCAGCUGAGCUCCAUCCUGUCAGCAGCAGAUGACAGUGUAGCCAAAAUGAGGGAGAGACUGACCUUACUGGGGAACUCCCCCAAAAAGGAAGAAGAGUUAUUUCCAUUCAGGGAGAAGAGUCAUGCAGAUUUUGGUACCCACACCAUUUCGUCUCUGAGUCCACAACAAGGUCUUCCAUCUAUCAGUCCCAGUGUGCAGUGGGCAGACAUAGCCUCCAUAUUGUCUCAGCUCCAGACACAGAAGCAGGCCAUUGAGUCUCUCACCAAGAAACUCAGUGAUGUGGAAAGGGACAAACAAUCUCAACAACGUCAUAUCCAAACAUUACAAGUGGAAGUGUGUAAGUUGCAUGAAGACCUGAGUGAGAGGAAAAGAGAGACUGAUGGUGGAGUGGAGCGAGGUAUGGAGCAGUGGAUGAAAGGUGCAGGAGUGGAGUGGAGCAGCCGGCACGGAGCUACAUUAGUUGACGUCCCGAAGGAGAGUUUGAGCUCCAUAGUGUGCAGAGAGGAUGUGGAACACCUGCACAAUGAGGUUGACCAACUGAAAAUGCGCCUGAGGAGACAGGAGGAGGCCAUGAUGCUCCAGGAGAAAGAGGCAAGAGAGACACGGCGACAGUACCAGCAUAGCUGCCAGAUGGUCCAGGAGCUGACAGACCGCUACAGAACUCACAACACAGUCCUGGCCAACAUUACUUCUGAGUGUUCUCACACACAGCAGGAGGUCCGCCGUAUCAGUACCACUGUGUCGGAACUGGAAGGCGAGGUCAGGCGUCUCAGAGAGCGUGACGCUGUGCUGCCUACGCGCACAUCGCCCCUCCCAGUCCCACACGGUCUCAGGAGUAGGGUCAAAGUUGAAGAGAUGGGGAGGGACUCCGACUCUGAGGACUUCAGCCCGACCCCAAGCUUGGCUGACAUCAGCUCAGAAGAUCUGUCACUGCUGGAUGACCCAUCUCUUCAUUACAAACCAGCAGAGCGUCAGAGCUUUCAGUCCAGAGCAAAGAGUGACUUUGAAGAUGAUGUUGAUGAUGACGUGAACCCAGAUAUAGGCUCUGACUUGAGUCUGACUGACCUCUGACCUCUUUGUGUGAGGUCAGUGAUUUUCAGAAUGGGAAAGAGAACAUCUUAUUGAUCUCACAGGGAAAUAUGGUAUGUUCCCAUGUUUUUUUAAAUUGCAAAUACAUUGUGAAGUGUGAGAAAGCUUGUGAGAACAGUUGUUUGGUCCCAUGUGACACACCCCCGCCUCUCCACUGUACUGCACUGAGGAAUACAAACCAUACGGCUGCUCUAAUGAGAAAAGUUUUUUAAAAAUCUACUUUUGGCAUGUACACUGUAAUUCUGCACUUGUCCAAUGUAAUAAAUGCCAUAUACCACAUACAAUAAGUUAACAUAAGGAGUGGGACAGGAGGAUACAAACGUAGCUACAGUGCUAACAUUACACUGACAUUUUAACAGCAGCAUCAUGCUAGGCUAGCCUAUUCACUGAAGAAAAACUAAAUGAUCGACCCUACAGGUCCCACGUCUGUAGCUGACUGAUAUUUGGCAGAGCUUCAGGCUUUAGUUUGUUCUACAAAUUUGAUAAUAAAGAGAGGAGAUAGAUUUCAAAUCAUCUUUAAUAAGAAGUCCAUAGUCCACAUUGAGCAGCAAAGCCUCUGAAUGCAAUGAUGACACUUGUAUAAACACAAAAAAUGCGGGAUUUUUUUUGUAUAUGUAUAAAUUAAUCCAUGUUGCUGCACUCAACAGCAUAGUAUUUACAAUAUGAACAUUUUAUGAAAGGCCACUGUUCACUUUAAGGAAUGAAUGAACAACAACAUGCUCCAGGCUCAUCAUAGUUGCAUGUAUGGAUAAAUAGAAAUGUUUAUUAAAAGGCACUGCAACAUGGAUGGACAUAUGCUACUCUCACUGGACACUUCAUUAGGUACACCUGCACGCUCAAACCGAUGGCACAGGGGCCAUUUGCGGCUCGCAGCUGUUUUUUUAUUGGCCUGCGACACAUUCUAAAAAUAUACAAUUUGGCAAGAAAACUUUUCUUUUUAAAAAAAACAACAAAAUAGAAAAAUCAGCAGUAAUUUUACAAUAAUAAAGUCAAAAUAUUAAGAAGAAAACGUAAUCUACGGGAAGAAUAAUAUUAACCGAGCAAUAAUAUUAUAAUUGUAAUUUUAGGAGUAGAAAUAAUGUAAUUUUAGUAGUAUAAAGUUUAAAUAUUAAUGAAAAAGUACAAUAUCUAAAGCUGUAAUUUUUGGAAAAUUGGGCUGGGAAAAAAGUCAUAAUAUGGGAAUAAGGCCAAAAUAUUAUGAAUAAAGUCGUAAUUACGAGAAGACGAAACUUGAAAUAGUUGGGGGGGGAAACGAAUAGCAGAACUGGAAAAAACAGCUAUAAUUUUACAAGAAUAAACAAAAAUGUCAUUUUAGGAGCAUAGAGUUGAAAUAUUAAAAAAAUUAUAUAUAUUUUUUUAAAGUCAUAAUAUUAUGAGAAACCAACAAAACAAAAUAAAGUUGUGAUUUGUGGAAAAUUAGGUUGGGGAAUAAGUUAUUAUAUUAUGAAUAUAUAGUUAAAAUAUGAUGUGAAUAUAGUCAGAAUACUGUGAGAAGAAAAUUUACAAAGAUUAUAUAAGAAUAGAAGUUGAAAUAUUUUGGGGGAAAAAAACAACAGCAAAAAUGGGGAAAGACCAAAUUGCAUAGGAAUAAAAUACUUUUUCACCUAUAUCACAAAGUUGGCUACAGUUUUUUUUCUUGAAAUACUUAUAACUCCUUAGCAUAUCUACAGUACAUGUAUCACUUUACAAAACAUCAAAAUGGCCCUUUCAUCCUUUCAUUUUUCAUUAUGUGGCCCUCGCUGGAAAAAGUUUGGACACCUCUGCCCUAACCAGAUCUAACACGAGAGAGGUAAUUAAUUAUUGUGGCUGUAGUUCAUACUGGGAGAUAACAAUAGCUGUAGUUAAAUAAUGCUGACAUAAUUUUAGCUCUCUGCUGAUCCUGCACGACUGCAAAUUACCAGUACUCAUAAAUAAUUAUAUAUUAGACAAAUAAAUGACUAGAUGUUUAAAAUUUGUUUAAUCGAUUACAUUUUAAACCUUACAAUAAAAUUAAAUGACAUGAAAUAUGUCCACUAAAUUAUAUAUAAACACAUAUUAAAAUAUAAUAUAAAGCAUUAUUAUUUUUAUAAUACAGCUCUUUUUAUUGAUUGUGCAAAUGUACCUAAGAUAGUUUGCAAACAGAGUAACAUAUAAAUUAAAGAUAUAAUUAAAUAACUCCAGUCUCCCACACACUUAAAAGUCACCUAAAAAUGCACACACAGCUUUGUCUGCACGCCUGCACAAACACAAAUUUCUCAUAUACACACACACACACAGAAAAAAAAUAAAGUGCAACCUCAUUAAAAAAAAACCCUCUAA